CCCGUGUACCUCCAACCACAGCACACACUUCCAGUUCCACCACUCCACCGCGGUACGUACUUUUGCGGUCAAAAGUAAGCCCGGCCAUAUGGCGAAAGCCGCAGCGAUGUUCGUGCUGGUGGCGCUGGUGGCGGCGGCGAUGGCAACGGGGGGAGCGGCUCAGUGCAACGCGGGGAGCCUCACGGUGUGCGCUGGCCCGAUCAUUAGCGGGACCAUGCCGUCGCAGACGUGCUGCGCCAACCUAAAGAACCAGCGUGGGUGCUUCUGCCAGUUCGCGCGCAACCCGGCGUACUCCACCUACAUCAACAGCCCCAACGCCCGCAAGACCCUCGCCUCGUGCGGCGUCGCCGUCCCGCGCUGCUAGGAGCCGGGCCCCCGCCGCCGCCGGCGUGCCAGGCACCGCCCCGCCGCCUAUUGCUGCUGCUACUACUACUACGUAACGUACUAAGUACGUACGAACGAGCUCCUCCCAUGGCUACUGGUACGACGUCCGUCGAACAGCUCCGUGCGAAUCGUGUGUUCAUGUAUCGUGUGCAAGAAUAAAAAUGGUGUGGACGUGUAGAUCCAGCCUCUGCGUAAUUUGUUACUCCUUUGUCAAUUUCGAUCGAUGGAUGUUGAUCGAUCUCGUGUAAUUUCUGUACCUUCGACAAUAUAUGUCCGCACCUCAACAAAAUAUUGCUACUA